GAUAACACAGACUCACACAGUGGAUGCUGCGAUCUCCUCGCUGGCGGGACGGCUGAGCUGCCGGUAAUGCGUGUGUCCUUGUCUGCUGUCAUCCCGGUAAAGCAGUUACACAAGUCGGUAAGUCCGCUCUCUUGGGAGCGGGCAGAGGAGUCACCACGGAGGAGUCACCGAGGGACAGACUGAAAACUUCUCUCAACUGCUGAUAAAGACUUGUCCCCCUGGAUGACAGCUGACUGAUUGGCAUCGGUUUUUUCCUUUGGGCCAACGCUUUGUGGUGCCAUGAUGAAGAAAGUCUGGGAAGUGAUCCUGCUGUUGUUGCUGCUGCUCUUCACAGAGCAUGCAAAGGGAAAACGUCACAGCCCGCCAGGGAAACCCACACUGACCAGAUGUCGUUCUCCAGAGAAAGAGACCUUCACCUGCUGGUGGGAGCCAGGCUCUGAUGGGGGACUGCCCACCACCCAUGCCCUGUACUACCGCAAAGAAAACUCUGACACAUUGUACGAGUGUCCCGACUACCACGCAGCCGGAGAGAAUUCCUGCUUCUUCAACAAGAACGACACAUCCAUCUGGGUCAACUACAACAUCACUGUGGUGGCCACCAACGCACUGGGCAGCACCUUCUCCGACCCUGUGGAUGUAGAUGUGGUGUACAUUGUCAAGCCUAAUCCUCCAGAGAAGGUAACGGUGACUGUAAUGGAGGAUAAGGGCUGGCCCUUUCUGCGGGUGUCAUGGGAACCGCCACAUAAGGCUGACACCCGCUCUGGUUGGAUCACGCUCAUCUACGAGCUCCGCGUCAAGUUGGAGGGGGAAAAUGACUGGGAGAUGCACCUAGCAGGCCAGCAGAAGAUAUUUAACAUCUUCAGCCUGCGGUCAGGUGGUAAAUACCUUGUUCAGGUGCGCUGUAAGCCUGAUCAUGGCUUUUGGAGUGAAUGGAGUUCAACUUCCUACAUCAAAGUUCCUGACUAUUUUCAUCGGGAGAAGUCAGUGUGGAUCCUCAUAACGGUCUUUUGUGCCUUCAUCUUCCUCAUCCUCACAUGGUUGCUACACAUGAACAGCCGCAGUCUGAAGCAUUUCAUUCUGCCUCCAGUCCCUGGCCCUAAAAUCAAAGGAUUUGAUAAGCAGCUUCUCAAAAAUGGCAAAUCUGACAAUGUCUUCAGUGCACUGGUGGUGUCUGAUUUCCCUCCAACCACAUCAUCUAACUAUGAGGACUUGCUGGUGGAGUACUUGGAGGUGUACGUCCCAGAGGAGCAGGAGCUGAUACUGGAGGAAAGCAAGGAUCUACAGGAUAGCUGCCUAAAAUCUGAGAGUUCCACAUGUGACAGCGACUCUGGCCGAGGCAGCUGCGACAGCCACACUCUGCUGAUGGAGAAGUGUGAAGAUACAAAAGAAGAAGAGAGGCAAGCAGAUCGGGAAAGCGGUCGAAUGCAAACGGAGGCACAGUGGCGCCAGAAGGACUGGGAGCAGGAAGCGCUGACCUAUGCUCAUGGAGACAUGGUUAGCCCUGACAUGUCCAGUGGGAGGGUGAAGACCUGGCCCUCUGUGUUUUCUCCGCUGCCCCAGUACAGCUCAAACCCACUGGACCAACAGAGCUCACUUGAGAUGGCUAAACAGCAUUCCCUCUCGACAUCCUCCUAUCUCACUCAGCCUGGCCAUGGCACCAAGGAGACUCUCGGGCCGAGCUACUGGGACUUCUGCAUGAGCGACAAGCAGCCUCAUCUGCUCCAUCCUCAGACGCAGGCUCACCGGCAACUCCAGGCCCACAGCGAUGUCAACAUCUCCAGCAUCGGUUGCAAACCGGCACCUGCUGGUCUGCAGUCACCAGCUCUCCGGGCCACAGAGUACGUUGAGGUCCAGAGGGUCAGCGAGGAGGAUAUGGUGCUUCUCCAGCCCGUUGUGUCAGGCUGUGGCCGCAUGGAAGGCUGCCCCCAGAUGCACCAGGGGGAGGACUACAGCAAGGUAAAGGUGAAUGGAAUGACUGGGAACUGCCACACAUCAUCAACUGUUAGCACUAUGCAGAAGCCUUCAGCCUGCAAUCACACUGCCAUGCAGGUACAGGACGAAACGGCCCUGGGAGUGAAUGGAUAUGUUGACACUGCCACCAUGAGCACUCCAGCCAUUUGCUAGGUGGCCCACAAGCCCUACUGGCAGGUCUGGGACAUUGCAAGACCUGUUUCAGGCCAGAACUGAGACAAAAAUGGGUGACUCCUUCAAAAAAUUGUUGCAAGGACAACAAUUACUUGUCACAGUUAUUUAUUUCUCAUCUUAUUCUCAUGUAAGAGACUUCUUUUCAUUAAUUACACUGCAGUGACACGCUCUUGAGAUUUCAAAAGAAUUUGAUUGAAUGAUCUGAAUAAUAAUCUUGCAGUAAACUUUAUGAAGAAUAUAAUUGAUUGUAUAAGUUAUGUGGUAUAUGCUGUCAUAAUGAUGUGUAUAUUAUGAUAUGUCUGAGACAAAUCUUGUUCUUGGUACAGGCACACAUUUUAAUGUCUUGAACUUUUUUAAUAUCUUUGAUGGAAUAUAUUGAUGCAUACUGAUGUAAUGUAUCUGUAAAUUAUUUGUGUAAAUCAAACUUGCAGGAAGCUCAAACAUAAAAUGUUUUUGUUUUGUUUCAGUUCUUGUCUGUGUAUUUUCUCUCUGCUCCUUGUGGAAAACAUCUUCAAGUCAUUCAGGCUGUACUGAGGGGGCUGCAGCUCCCCCUGCUGGUUUGAGUAAAACACUGUGAAAAUACAAUUUUUGCUUUUCAAAUCAU